AUGAUGGGAUACCGUUCACCAGUCUCGGAGGAAUGCCAGGAGAAUCCGUGCAAGGGCAGACACGUGUUUGAUUACAUUGCUGAAAGACUGACGAGUGUACAGAGGAGACCCGUCAUCUGAUAUAAUUAUGGAGCAGAGUGGCUCUCGCUUUGAGUCUGAACUUGAUUUCUGCCCUGAGUGUGGUACGGUCCUGCCUCUGCCUGGGAUCCAAGAUAAGGUGACAUGUCUGUGUUGCUCCUUCUCCGUCGAUGUCCGGGAGUUUGAAGGAAGAGUGAUCUACACAUCCAUCACAUUCAAUACAGUAGAUUCCAUAUCUAAGAUGAAAGUGGAGGAGGGAAAAGAGAUCAAGGGCCCCUUGCUUGACAGGAACUGUCCCCAGUGUGGGCAUGAAGGCAUGGUGUACCACACCCGUCAGAUGAGGUCGGCGGAUGAAGGACAGACGGUCUUCUACACCUGCCCCCACUGCAAAUUCCAGGAGAAGGAAGACUCUUGAUCAAACAACAUCUCCAUCCACUCGGGCAAAUCUGAACAACCCUCUCCUUUUGAUUUAGGAUUGUUCCAGAUCCGGGAGGGGGCGGGGUAUACAGUGACUACAGCAUUUUUGGGUGCUCUGGAAACAUCCUCUUCUGGAGUUUAGUUCACAUUCCUCCAUCCACUGUUUCCUUUGUGGAGCUGCCAUUGCUGUCUAACUUAUUAGCCUUUAUAGAUCAGGUUUGGCUAUGGGGCCACAAGUUGCUGGCCUGUCAUCUGUAAAGAGGCUUUGAUGUGCAGAGGAUUGCAAAGGGUUGGUUGCAGUGACCUGCAAGAACGAUGGUUCUGUAGUGACAUAUACCUUUUAACUGAAGUUUGUUGUGUCUCUGUUUCAUGCUUAAUCCCUCCCUACAAUUCCCAUGCUGUAUUUAUAUCCUGCCAAUUAUGAAUUGGUCUGUAAUUAUCUCUAUAAAAUAAA